ACCAGGAGUCCAGCAUGAAGCUCUUCAUCAUCUGUGGCAUCCUCUCCUGCCUCGCCUUAGUGCAGGCUGAUCCCCAGCCAGUCAGAUGGUGUUUAAAGUCAGAACAAGAGCUUAAGAAAUGCCAGAAGCUCGGAUCACUAACCUGCGUGCAGAAGCCAGGAACUCUGGAUUGCAUCAAAGCCAUUCAGAAUGGUGAAGCAGAUGCCAUCACUCUGGAUGGAGGAGAUAUCUACACAGCUGGUCUUCUGCCCCAUAACCUUCACCCCAUCCUCGCAGAACAUUACGGCACAGAAGCGACAUGCUACUACGCUGUAGCUGUAGUAAAGAAAGGCACUGACUUUGAUAUCCAUAAUCUUCGUGGGAAGAAGUCCUGUCACACUGGUUUGGGGAAAACUGCAGGCUGGAACAUCCCCAUCGGCACUCUCCUCGAGAUGGGAGAGAAGAAUGGGGGGAUUACAUGGGGUGGCAUCGACGAGAAACCUCUGGAGGAUGCGGUGGCAGAGUUCUUCUCAGCGAGCUGUGUGCCAGGAGCGACAAACCUAAAACUGUGCCAGCUGUGUAAGAACUGCAAGCGCUCUCAUGAGAACCCGUAUUAUGAUUACAGUGGAGCUUUCCAGUGCCUGAAGGAUGGAGCUGGAGACGUGGCGUUUGUGAAACACCUCACAGCACUCAAUGACGGGGACAAUUAUGAGCUGCUGUGUAAAGACGGCACCAGGAAGGCUGUUACUGAGUAUAAAACCUGCAACUGGGCCCGAGUUCCUGCUCACGCCGUCGUCAGUCGCUCUGACAAAGACCUGGCCGACCGUAUCGAAAAUGUUCUUAACACACUAAAGGGCAAGGGUUUGUUCACCUCUGAGGGCCCUGUGAAAGACUUAAUGUUUAAAGACGCGACGACGGAGCUGCAGAGGCUUCCAGAGCUCACCACCUCCUACAUCUUCCUGGGAGGAGAGUACUGGAACGCCAUCCACUCACUCAAGAGAGAAAAAACACCCAGUGAUUCAUCUAAGAAGAUUAGAUGGUGCACUGUGGGUACAGUUCAGUUAGCAAAGUGUGAUGAAUGGAGCGCAUCCCUCAGUGAUGAUGAAGGCAACAGCAGGCUUGUGUGUGAAACUGAAAAAACGGUGCAAGAUUGCAUCAAAAAGAUCAUGUAUGAUCGGGCUGAUGCUAUUUCCGUUGAUGGAGGAGAAGUGUACACUGCUGGAACGUGUGGCCUGGUGCCGGCCAUGGUGGAGCAGUACGAUGAAGCAAAGUGUACAACUGCAUCAGGAGACCCCUCGACCUAUUACGCAGUGGCUGUAGUGCGAAAGAACUCUCUCUUGACCUGGGAUACGAUGCAAGGCAAGACGUCGUGUCACACUGCAGUGGGUCGUACAGCAGGCUGGAACAUUCCCAUGGGUCUCCUCCAUAAAGAAUUCAAACACUGUAACUUCGCAACGUACUUCAGUAAAAGCUGUGCUCCUGGUGCAGAUCUUGAUUCAACCCUGUGUGCAUUAUGUAAGGGAGGUGAAGCUGGAAAAAACAAAUGCAAAGCCAGCAGUGAUGAGCCUUAUUACGGCUACAGUGGAGCCUUUAGGUGUAUGGCUGAAAAUGCUGGUGAAGUGGCGUUUAUUAAGCACAGCACUGUAGCAGAAAACACAGACGGCAAUGGACCAGAUUGGGCUAAAGGUUUAAAAUCAUCAGACUUUAAACUCAUCUGUCCCACUGGCUCUGCUGCAAUUACUGAGUAUAAGAAUUGUAAUUUAGCCCAAGUUCCAGCUCACGCUGUUGUCACUCGUCCAGAGAAACAUGAUGACAUUGUGUCGUUCCUCAAGAACCAGCAGAUUGAUUUCUCCACCAUAACACUCUUCAGAGAAUCUACAAAGUGUCUCCAAGAAGUUAAACAAUCCUAUCAGGACUUCCUUGGAUCAAAAUACCUAAACUCCAUAAAGUCUCUGCACGAGUGUAAGCAGAGCAAGUCUGAACUGGAGGAGGCGUGCACCGCUCGCUCGUGUCCAACCACGGCCUAAAAUGGUCCAGUUCGUCACACAACCUCUGUGGAUCUCUCUCACUUCUCCUCAGUUUCUGACCUUCUUGGAAUAAAGCACACCUUGGUGUCAUUGAUUUCCAUUCUUUUAGAUGUCUGAAAUAAAAAAAUAUAUUACAACCAA